CCGAUUCGAAUUCGUUCGAUUUCGUAUCGCCGGCGCCAUCUUGAAAUAGAAAGUUUUCUGGAAAUUACGAGUUAUUUUUCCCUCCAUAUUGACAUUUUUCGAAAAAGUUGAAUUACAUAAACCCGAACAACGCAGGAAGAAGUAUCAUUCUCAAAUGUUAUAUUCCAUUUCCAAAGAGACGUGGAAUCAUUUUUGAAACUUCUUUUGCUCAAAAAAUUUACAAGAAGCAAAACAACAGAAAGAUGGCGCUGGAACUCGAGCAUGGUUUCCGCGAGUUGCCGUGUUAUUUUCGUUAAUUAAAGUUGAACGUUUUAUAUUUAAAAAACUACAAUUGAGAUAUAACAGGAACAACAACAAAAUUUUAGUGAUUUUUCAAUAAAGAAAAGAAAAAUGAGUAAUAUAUAUAUUCAAGAACCUCCAACACUUGGAAAAGUUUUACUAAAGACAACAGUUGGUGACAUUGAUAUAGAAUUAUGGGCUAAAGAAACUCCUAAAGCUUGUAGAAAUUUUGUUCAGUUGUGUAUGGAAGGAUACUAUAAUGGAACUAUUUUCCAUAGAGUUGUUAAAGGAUUUCUUGCCCAAGGAGGUGAUCCUACAGGAACAGGUGAAGGUGGUGAAUCUAUAUAUGGAGAACCAUUUAAGGAUGAAUUUCAUUCAAGAUUGCGGUUUGUUAGACGAGGACUGGUUGCAAUGGCCACAAGUCAACCAAAUGAUAAUGAAAGUCAAUUCUUUUUUACUCUUGGAGCUUGCCCUGAAUUACAGAAUAAGCAUACAAUAUUUGGAAAGGUAACUGGAAAAACAUUAUAUAAUAUGUUAAAAUUGGAAGAAUCUCUUGUGGAUAAAAAUGAAAGACCAUAUUAUCCUCAUAAAAUUAUUGAAACAAAAAUUUUAUCAAAUCCAUUUAAUGACAUUGUUCCUAGAGAGAAAAAGCAAGUUGUUGUAGAAGUUGAAGAAAAACCAGUUAAAUCAAAACCUUCAAAAAAUUUUAAUUUAUUAUCAUUUGGAGAAGAAGCAGAAGAAGAAGAAGCUGAGGAUGAUCUAGUUGCACAAGAAUUUCGUGGAAAAAGCAAAAGUAGUCAUGACCUUGCUAAUGAUCCUCAUCUUAGUUCAAUGCCAGCAGUAGUUGAUGAUGCCUCAAAUGACAGCAUUGAACUCGAUACUAACACAGAUAAAAACAAAGAUGUAAAUUCACUAGAUAAUAUUCGCAAGAAACUUCAAAAAACUGUGAAUUCUAAACCAAUAGACGAUACACCAAAAUCACCUGAAAAUGAAGAAUAUGAGAAGAGAAAAGAGAUUAGAAGAGAAAUUAAAAAAUUAAAAAGAGAAUUGAAGGAAGAAGACAAAAAAGUUGAUAAUGAAGAAGAAGAAAUGGAUACAGUUAAAAGAGAACCUACAGAUAAUGAACUUUUGGAAGCUUACCAUAAUGAAUUAGACAAACGCAAAAAGAUGAAGAAAAUUCAAAAGCAAGGAAAUCGGGAAGAAACGACUUUAGCUUUACUUGCUAAAUUUCAAGCCAGACUUAAAAGUGCUAAUGAAGAAAAUGCAGACAAAGAUGAUAAAGUUGAAGUUAAAGUUAAUGUUGAAAGAAGUAAUGAUGAUGAUGACGACGAUGAUGAUGAUGGUGGUGGUGAUGGAUGGCUACGUCAUAAACUAUAUUUUGAAGACAAAGGACCAGUUUUAGCUAAAGAUGCCAGUAUAAAAACAGAAGAUACAUAUGAAAUAUUUGAUCCCAGAAAUCCAAUUAACCUAAGAAGAAGAGAAGCAAGUAAAAAAGCAAUGAAGAAACAUCAUGGAAAAACAUUAUAUAAUAUGUUAAAAUUGGAAGAAUCUCUUGUGGAUAAAAAUGAAAGACCAUAUUAUCCUCAUAAAAUUAUUGAAACAAAAAUUUUAUCAAAUCCAUUUAAUGACAUUGUUCCUAGAGAGAAAAAGCAAGUUGUUGUAGAAGUUGAAGAAAAACCAGUUAAAUCAAAACCUUCAAAAAAUUUUAAUUUAUUAUCAUUUGGAGAAGAAGCAGAAGAAGAAGAAGCUGAGGAUGAUCUAGUUGCACAAGAAUUUCGUGGAAAAAGCAAAAGUAGUCAUGACCUUGCUAAUGAUCCUCAUCUUAGUUCAAUGCCAGCAGUAGUUGAUGAUGCCUCAAAUGACAGCAUUGAACUCGAUACUAACACAGAUAAAAACAAAGAUGUAAAUUCACUAGAUAAUAUUCGCAAGAAACUUCAAAAAACUGUGAAUUCUAAACCAAUAGACGAUACACCAAAAUCACCUGAAAAUGAAGAAUAUGAGAAGAGAAAAGAGAUUAGAAGAGAAAUUAAAAAAUUAAAAAGAGAAUUGAAGGAAGAAGACAAAAAAGUUGAUAAUGAAGAAGAAGAAAUGGAUACAGUUAAAAGAGAACCUACAGAUAAUGAACUUUUGGAAGCUUACCAUAAUGAAUUAGACAAACGCAAAAAGAUGAAGAAAAUUCAAAAGCAAGGAAAUCGGGAAGAAACGACUUUAGCUUUACUUGCUAAAUUUCAAGCCAGACUUAAAAGUGCUAAUGAAGAAAAUGCAGACAAAGAUGAUAAAGUUGAAGUUAAAGUUAAUGUUGAAAGAAGUAAUGAUGAUGAUGACGACGAUGAUGAUGAUGGUGGUGGUGAUGGAUGGCUACGUCAUAAACUAUAUUUUGAAGACAAAGGACCAGUUUUAGCUAAAGAUGCCAGUAUAAAAACAGAAGAUACAUAUGAAAUAUUUGAUCCCAGAAAUCCAAUUAACCUAAGAAGAAGAGAAGCAAGUAAAAAAGCAAUGAAGAAACAUCAUUAAUUUUAUAAAUAUUUAAAUCUUUUACUAAUAUUCAUAAACUUCAAGUAUUUUUUACUUAUGAAUAUUAGUAUAAAUUUUAUAUUAAUAUGCAGGGUGACCUAAAAAUCAGUUAGCCGAGAAAUAUCUUAAGAUUAUUUUCAGAUUAAUAAUGUUUUCAAUGACUGAAUCACAAACAACAUUAAGUUGUUCCUAACUAGUUUUAAUAGUUCUUUAAAAUACAUAUACAGUAUGUAUAGAUCUUGGUUGACUGAUUUCUGAGCAACCCUGUAUGUGUAACAAAAUUGACAUUUGUAAAUAUUUAAAGUUACCUUUCAAUAUAUAGUAUUUUGAUACUACUAGAUAUGUUAAAGGUUUAUAACUGUAAAUUAUCAUUAUCUUCAUCUUUUAUUGAUUCAUAGCAUCUUAAAAUUCAUUGCAAAGAAAUAAUAUAAGGUUAUAUUAAUGUAUAUAAGUGUCUUAAUUAUUAACAUGUA